AUGAGUAAUAAUGAGGUGGAAUCUCAUAUAACUAAAAAAUAUUUAAUUAAGAAACGUUUGGGCAAGGGCGCGUAUGGCAUUGUUUGGAAAGCAGUCGACAAAAAAACGUCUGAAGUAGUCGCCUUAAAAAAAAUUUUCGACGCCUUUAGAAAUGCGACAGACGCCCAACGUACUUUUAGAGAAAUAAUGUUUUUGCAAGCCUUCAGCGACCACAGAAACAUCAUCAGACUUCGAAACGUCAUAAAAGCCGAAAAUGACAAGGACAUUUAUUUGGUUUUUGAAUUCAUGGAUACGGAUCUUCACAAUGUGAUAAAAAAAGGCAACAUCCUUUCAGAUGUUCACAAGCAGUUUAUUAUGUACCAAUUACUCGCAGCCACAAAAUAUUUACACUCAGGAAAUGUCAUUCACAGAGACUACAAGCCUUCAAAUGUUCUUCUUGAUGGGCAGUGCAUUGUGAAAGUCUGUGAUUUCGGAUUGGCCAGAUCGUUAUCACAAAUAACUGUAGAUGAGCAAGGGGAUCCAAAUUUAACUGAAUAUGUUGCAACAAGAUGGUACAGAGCUCCUGAAAUCCUCUUAGCUUGUCACACGUACACUAAAGGGGUAGAUAUGUGGAGUUUGGGUUGCAUAUUAGGUGAAAUGUUGACUGGAAAACCCUUGUUUCCUGGUUCUUCAACUCUUAAUCAAAUAGAAAAAAUUAUUGCCUCAGUAGAUCCUCCAACUAAACAAGAUGUAGAUGCUAUGCAAUCUGUUUAUGGUCCGUCUCUUCUUGAGAAGGCGUCCAAAAGAAUAAGACAACCAUUGAAUGAUUUUUUUUCAAUGCCAGCAUCGCCCUCCUCAGCACCCGCCAACAUUUUAUUAAAAAGUGCGGUCGAUUUAUUAAACAAAUUGCUUCAGUUUAAUCCCAAUAAAAGAUUAACAGCCGAUAAUGCACUUCAUCAUAAAUACGUCCAACGAUUUCAUAACCCUGCAGAAGAAACUGUUAUUGGGAGAGAUAUUUUAAAUCCUGUUCCGGAUGAUGUCCAGCUGACAGUAGAUGAGUACAGAACAAGGUUGUAUGAAAUAGUUGCUAGGUCUAAAAGUGAAAGGCGU